AUGGGACGUAGCGGGUGUGGUAAGAGUGUACUCCUCAAGAUUAUUACAGGAUUGAUGUCUGCCGAUUCCGGUGAAAUUUGGUUCGAUGGAACGGAAAUAUCGAGCCUAAACAGAAAAAAAAUGAAUGUCCUCCGCCGAAAGGUUGGAAUGCUGUUUCAGUCUGCUGCCCUCUUUGAUUCGAUGACUGUCGCAGAGAAUGUCGCUUUUAUGCUGGAUCAGCAUACAGAUCUUGACAAGCGAGAAAUGCGUAAGGUGGUUGACGAGAAACUCAGUCUUGUUGAUUUAGAGGGUACUCAGGACUUGCGCCCCGCGGAAUUGAGUGGGGGUAUGCGAAAACGGGUCGGACUCGCACGCGCCCUCGCAUUUGAUCCGGAGGUUAUUUUUUACGAUGAACCUACAACCGGACUUGACCCGGUGACCUGUACCGAAAUCAAUCAACUUAUUGGAGACCUCCAUGAGAGGCUGCAAGUCACCUCCGUUGUGGUUACACAUGAUAUGCAUAGUGCCUUCAGUGUCGCUACCCGGAUGGCUAUGAUUCAUGAAGGUAGGCAGGUCGCAUACGGCAGUCCAGAUGAAAUUAUCAACAUCGACGAUCCCAUUUUGCAACAGUUCAUCCUAUUUGGAGCACCAGACCAGAUUCUCAACAUGGAAAAUCCUAUUUUGAAAAAAUAUUUAGGGAGGUAG